UCCACAAACAUUUUUCUUCCUAUUACAGAUUUUCCCAAUUUUGAGGAAUCACAGAUUUUUCAGAUAAAUAACGAACACAAGAAAGCCUUUUUUUUUCCAAAUCUAAUUAGGUAUUGCAUCCUGAUUAUGAAUGCCAUCACUUUUCUUGGAAACUCAACGAUGAUUCCCUCGCAAUGCAUUCUCCGUGCGUUUACAAGAAUCUCUCCAUCUAGAUACAUCCGAGACUCCGCGUUUCGAUCGUGUCCUUCUCGAUUCUCAAGCUGCAGAAACCAAAACAACAACCCGGAUUCGAACAGAAUCAUCAAACCGACCAAUGCUGGCUCAUUCUGUACCGACAGGCAGAGCUCUGUUACAGCUCAGGUUGUUUCUGAGGCAAGAAGUCUCUCUGCUUCCACGACCUGCCCAAGGGACCCGACCUUGGAUCAAAUAUACACCAAGAACGGCUUAAAUGUGAAGCCUUUAGAGCUAGAGAGGUUAAAGGGAGAUGAGAAAGAUGACAAGGCGAUCAAUGGAGAUGACAAAAGGGUCAAUGGGGAUGGUUUCGAGGGCAUUAAGAGUAAUGAAACCGAGGAGGAGGCAUGGAGAUUGCUGAGGGACUCAGUAGUGACAUACUGUGAUUCGCCUGUAGGAACGAUGGCUGCUAAAGAUCCAACAGACACAACGCCAUCAAACUAUGAUCAGGUCUUUAUCAGGGAUUUUGUACCUUCGGCUCUGGCUUUUCUCCUGAACGGAGAAAGCGAUAUUGUUCGAAACUUCCUUCUUCACACACUGCAGUUGCAGAGUUGGGAGAAAACAGUUGAUUGUUAUAGUCCAGGACAAGGAUUAAUGCCUGCGAGUUUCAAAGUAAGAACUUUACCGCUUGAAGAGGACAAGUUCGAAGAGGUUUUGGAUCCAGAUUUCGGCGAAGCAGCUAUAGGUCGUGUUGCACCAGUUGAUUCUGGUCUAUGGUGGAUAAUAUUGUUGAGGGCAUACGGGAAAAUCACAGGAGAUUACUCACUGCAAGAGAGAAUAGAUGUGCAGACAGGGAUAAAGAUGAUUGCGAACCUGUGUUUAGCUGAUGGAUUUGAUAUGUUUCCCACUCUGUUGGUCACAGAUGGCUCUUGUAUGAUAGAUCGACGAAUGGGUAUCCAUGGCCACCCUCUUGAGAUCCAAGCUUUGUUCUAUUCCGCUCUGCGGUCUUCUCGUGAGAUGCUAACUGUUAAUGAUAGCUCCAAAAACAUAAUAAAGACAAUUAGCAACAGGCUCAGCGCUUUAUCUUUUCACAUCAGAGAAAACUAUUGGGUUGACAAAACCAAAAUCAAUGAGAUUUACCGUUACAAGACAGAGGAGUACUCUAUGGAUGCCACCAACAAGUUCAAUAUCUACCCGGAGCAGGUUUCUCCAUGGCUAAUGGAUUGGGUUCCUGAAUGUCCUGACUCUGGAUUUCUGAUAGGAAACCUCCAGCCUGCUCACAUGGAUUUCAGGUUCUUCACCUUGGGAAACCUCUGGUCAAUCAUCUCCUCAUUAGGAACACCAAAACAGAACCAAGCUAUAUUAAAUUUGAUUGAAGAGAAAUGGGAUGAUCUUGUUGGUCAUAUGCCGCUUAAGAUAUGUUACCCGGCUUUGGAAUCUUCAGAGUGGCAUAUAAUUACUGGGAGUGAUCCAAAGAACACGCCUUGGUCUUACCACAAUGGCGGGUCAUGGCCAACACUUCUCUGGCAAUUCACACUGGCAUGCAUCAAGAUGGGCAGACCAGAGUUAGCAGAGAAAGCAGUAACUUUGGCAGAGAAGAGGCUCCAAGCUGAUCGGUGGCCAGAGUACUACGAUACAAGAAACGGGAAGUUCAUUGGAAAACAGUCCCGGCUUUACCAGACAUGGACCAUUGCUGGUUUCUUAACUUCAAAGCAACUAUUGCAGAAUCCUGAAAUAGCAUCUUCCCUGUUUUGGGAAGAAGAUCUUGAGCUUCUGGAGACUUGCGUCUGCGUUCUGACCAAAUCAGGCCGGAAGAAAUGUUCACGAGCCGCAGCAAAGUCACAGAUUCUUAUCUAAAUUGGUUUUGUCCAUAAAGAUGCUUAGGAUGUAAAAGCUUCCUGUUGCAACAAAUGUUAUACAGGUUAACCAAACUAAUAGUACAACU